AUGUUGGUUGAAUAGUCUUCAUUGAAUCAGUCACUAUCCCAAAUCUUUAUUCAAAUCAAAUAAAAUUUACUAGCCUAAGAUUAAUCUUAAUUGCUCGGUCACCUCAAACAACUAUACACUAAAAUUUUAGUAGAAAAAACAAUAUCUAUAUCGUUGAAUGAAUUCAAUUUCAUUUUUGAAAUUCUUGAGAAUUAUGCUUAAUAUUCAGAUGAUAUCCUAGAAACUAUUUUAUUGAUAAUCUAUGGUUUGACAUUUUCGAGUACUAUCGAUGAAUUCGAAGCCUUUUUGUAGUCAUCACAAUUAUUAAGCUAACUUAAUGGUUUAUUUUAUAAUUGUUCUUAAUUUUCAUUGGAUUUCGUAGAUUUACUCUUACUCAUACUAGAAAAUAUAGCCAGAAAAUCAAAUGCAUGUUUAAAUCAUUUAAUAUAAAACAAUUUUUUAAUCGUAAUCAAAUGGAUGCUUGAGACUGUUGAGAUCUAAAAUAAUGAAAAAUGUGUAAUUAGUCUUUUAGGAUUUCUAUCAGUCUUUGUUGAAUAAAGUUUUAAUUAAGAAUACAAAGACUUACAAUUAAUCUUGUUAAACGUUAAUAUACUCUGUAAAAUCCUAUGGAAAAUCAACUAUUUUUCCAUUGAGCAACUGUUGAAUGAUUCUGACAAUUUAGAAAAAUAUGAGAUAAAGAUUAAUUUGAUUACAAAAUUACUAAACGUAAUCAAAUAUUACACAGACAAAUUACAAUAAUAAGCUAAUAUAUAUGAAUACAAAUAUGUUUGGAAAGUUGUUCUAUAAAUCAAUUUUUCUGAUUGCUAACUAAUAAUCUUCUAGAAAAUUACUUCAUAUAUAUUAUCAAUAUAGACUUAGAGCAAUGAAUUUUCAAUUAAAUAUAUUCUCAAAGAAAACCAAUAGAUCCUUGAAAAUCUUAUUAGUACAUUAAGCAAAUAACAUAGUCCUUCCGGAGAUAUUGAAAAAUUCAGAAUGCACAAUGCCAAUACUUUUAGAAAUGUUUAUCAGCACUUAGAUCAUAAAAAUCUCAAGAUUUAUGAAUAAAGUCUAACUGAUUUAAUCGAAAUAGAAUGUAAUAUAUCAACUCUAUAAAUUAGAAUCAUGCAAAGUACUUUCCAUUUUGCUUGAGUGUCUUUAUAUUUUAAUCUAAAGAUUUCCUGAUUUAAAAUACCUGCCAUUAAUUGAAAUCAAAUUGAAAUAAUGCUAUGAAUGUUCAUGUUGGUAAAGUCUUAAAUAUUUGAUGCUAUGUAAAUAUCUCAAUUCAAAUUGUAGCUAUUUCGUUGAUAAGCGAUUAGGAUGCAAUGAAAUCACUCAAGGAAUCGAAGAUUGGUAAUUAUCUUGAGCUCUUAAGUCAAAGUGGAAGCAAACAGAUUCAAAUUCUAGCUUGUAAAUUAUUAGAAUAAAUUUGA